AUGGCUUAUGGUGCUAUUGGUUCUCUUGAGCUGACAAUUGAUCGUCUUUUGAAAUCAUCUCAUAUUUCCAUUGUUCAAAACUCAUCACCACAAAUCUUAACGCAUCUGUACGAUGAAAUUCUUUCCUUAAAAGAAGCUCUUGGAGAAUUCGAUAAAUGGAGGAGCACCAUUAACAUGAAGAUGGUCAGAACUUUGGAGGCAGAAAUCAUACAUGUUGUAUACAAAUUCGAAGAUGUAAUCGACCUCCAUCUCUCAAAUCAGUUCCAUUCACAAUCUGAAGAAGAAGAGACGACUGAUCAUCAUCGAUUAAUGGUAUACUCAAUAGAUGUGGAAGAAAUAAAGCAAGAUGCAGAUUCCUUUAUCCAAACGGUGAACAAGAUAAAGGGAGCCUACAUCCACGAGUUACACAACCCUUCACCUGAAGAAGAUGAUGAUGUUGUCCCGUCAAGACUUGAUUCUCAUGGAAACGAGUCUAACAUGGUUGGUUUAUCCGGUCUUUUUAUGACAAUAAAAAAACGGCUUAAUUCCACAAACCCUGAAAGGAGGAUUGUGUCGCUCUAUGGGAUGGCGGGAAUUGGUAAGACUACACUUGUCAAGAAACUCUUUCAAUAUCCUUUUCGUGUAGAACGCACGCAUUUGUUCGUGACCAUCGGCCCAAAAUAUCAAUUGGCUGACAUCUUGGUGGAUAUUCUCACACAAUUGAAUGCUAACAUCGACGAAAUAAUGCUUAUGGAAGGAGAAAAAGUGUUAGUCGAGUUGAAAAGGAUGGUGUUCAAAAGUUUAAGGUUUUUGAGAUACUUGAUCGUGCUCGAUGAUGUGUGGGAUAGAGAGCUUUGUUUGGAGUUGCUGGAGUUAUUUCCAGAAGACAAUAAUAAAAGUCGAGUAUUGCUGACAACCAGGCUAAGCGAAGUAGCUUUGUGUUCUCACUCUUUGAAUACUUUCAAAAUACCCUUCCUUGAUAAGAAAGAAAGCUGGGAGCUUCUUCGUGAGAAGAUGUUUGGUGAAAGGCCUUGCCCUCGUGAACUUGAGAAAGCUGGAAAGAAGAUUGCCGAGAAUUGCGAAGGUCUUCCUCUUACAAUAGUUACAGUUGCCAACAUCCUUUCGAGAGCUGAUAAGACUUCGGAGCACUGGAACAAGGUGGCUAAUGAUAAACAAAAUUCGACAUACAAAGAUGCAUAUGAUCAAAUGUCGAAUGUACUAUAUCCAAGCUAUGACUAUUUACCUCAACCUUUAAAAACAUGUUUUCUCUACGUCGGAGCUUUCCCACAAAAUCAUAUGGUAGAUCCAUACCAGCUGGCCAACUUAUGUAGUGCCGAAGGAUUUCUUAACUCAAAACCAAUAGAAUUGGACUUCUCUUUCACAUAUGGUACUCAUGUUUAUUUGGCUCAGCUUCUUGUCGGACAUGUUAUCAUGUUCGACGCAAAAACACGAACAUAUCAUCUUCAUUCGUCCUUUUGGUACCUGUGUAACAAAGAAGCUGCCAAGAACAAGUUGUUUUAUGCCGUAAAUUGCCAUGCCGAUGCUUUACCAGAAGAAGGUAUAAACUCCCAACGCCGAUUGUGCAUUCGAAAUAAUGUUCUGCUUGCCAUCGAAGAUGUGCACAACUCAAUUGCAGAUGCGUCAAUGGUACGCUCUCUCCUCUGUACAGGUUAUUUUCAUCAAUAUCCGGUACCAUUGUGCUUGGAACAUUUAAGGCUCCUCAGAGUAUUGCACGUUCUUUCUGUUAGGUUCUAUGAGUUCCCGAUGGAAGUGUUGAAACUAGUUCAACUAAGAUACUUUGCCCUCGUUUAUGAUGGAAAUCUCCCUCCUUCUAUUUCCAAACUCUUGAAUCUUGAGUACUUGAUUGUUGAGCGGCAUCUAAGAAUCAUACCAUUUGUUGGGAAUGUAUCGCGUCUGCCUAUUGAGAUAUGGAAUAUGAAAAGAUUGAAGUAUCUUCACACCGGUGGAAGAGACCUACCACAUCCGUCUCAUGAAGAAUCUCUCUUACCAAACCUCUUACAACUUCUGUGUGUCCCUCCUCAAAGUUGUUCUAAACAUCUGCUUGCAAAAGUCCCUAAUCUUGAGGUGUUAGUAAUUCAAAUCGAUCUGCCUCCUUAUGCUAGUGAGCCCUUGAGCUGCUUCGAUCACAUUUCUCAUCUCCAUCAACUACAAGAACUAGAAUGUUACAUUACGAAUUCUACACUGAAGGCAGAAGUUGUUGCCCCACUUGCACCUCUUUCAGAUUUCCCAUCAAGUCUUACAAAGCUAACUUUGAGCGGAAGUUUUGGGUAUCCGUGGGAAGAAAUGAACAAGAUUUCUUUAUUGCCAAAUCUUAAUUCUCUGACUUUGCAAUUUUACGCGUUUCGAGGCCCCGAGUGGGAGGUUCGUGACAAUGAAUUCCAAAGUCUUAUACAUCUUCAGAUUGAAGACACUGAUCUGGAGCAAUUGACGUUUGAAAAUUGUUGCUGUCUCCCAGCAAUUGAGGUUUUUUAUGUCGCAGAUUGCUACAAGUUAAAAGAGAUUCCUCUGACAUUUGGUACAUCUCUUCAAGAGAUACUAGUUCUCGACUGCAACCCUAUGGCUGUGAGUUGUGGAAUCAAAUUACAAAAGGAGUGGUACGACAAAUAUGGUGAUGGUAAACGUUCAUUAGUUCUUCGUCCCCUUUCUUCGUGGAAUGAUGACCAAUCGUGA